UAGGAACCCAGUCUGUCGCUCACUGCACGCUUUGCCCCUUUUAAUGCCCCUCUUCGUCGCCCAUGGUGGGCCCGUUGCUUUCGUGUAUCUGUGCAUAUCGCAAGCUGUGUCUACACACGUCGUCGUCGUCGUGCAAUCCUCGGUGGUCUCUCUACUCCAUACCAAACUCGCAAUACCACACGCGGCGUCUCGCCCGCUUCGUUUCUCCGGAGCUCCAUUGGGCAAUUCCGACCCUUGUGUGUGGUCGUGCGUGCUCGACAGGAAGACUCAUUGGGACCGUGCGCAAGGAUGGACCGUGCGUACGUCAUGUGCCUGCAUAGAAGCCCAAGGUUCUGCGCAGGCGUAUAUUUGACAGGCAGACUCGUGCUCCUCGCAACUAAUGUGAUGGCCCAAGGUCCGACGUUCGUCGGGCGCAGUGUCCGUGUCGAAGACAUACCCAUCUGUCCACCAGUGCGUGUCUCUGUGUCGUGCCACCAUCGCGAGACCGUUCAUUUCAGUCUGGCAGGCCGGGCUAGAACUCGUGCGUCUUAUCGUCGUCGUCCCACGGCUUCGCGAUGGUCGAUAGCCAGCCAGAACCACGGC